UAAACCGACAGGCGUCGUUAGUUGUCGUUGUUGUUGCCCCCCCCCCCCGGGGGUUCAAAGCCCGUGUUAGCUCGUGUUGCUACAGUGAGCCUUGCGCCUCUAUGACUGAUCAGCGCUCAGAAAUGUGUGCCUGUGAAGAGCAGAGUUUGUCUUCGGAGGCUGUGAGACGGAGGCUUCACCAGACGCUCAAAGCCAGGGGUGUUCUGGACUCUCUGAAGACACAACUCCGGAAUCAGAUGAUCCAGGAACUGCAGCCACCACUGGCCCAUGGGACACCCGCCGCCGCCACAGCUCAGGCACAUCCAGUCUCGGUUCUGGCAUCCAACAGCCUGGUCAUAGACCACUUACAAAGCUCUGGCUAUGAGUACACGCUGUCUGUGUUUUACCCAGAGUGUGGUAUGAGCAAGGACAAGGUUUUCUCAACAAGAGACCUGCUACAGUUUAUGAAGCUUGGUCCACAUUCACCUUUAUAUAAAUCUCUGGUAUCAAAUACUCAGAAUGGACAGAAAGGUUUAUUAAUAAGCCUCCUGUCUGAGUUAAUUGACCACCACAUCCAUGAGCGCAGAGAUGUUGACACACAGACCUCCACUGCCCAGUCUUCUGCAGAGUCCCUCGUCAGGAAGCUGCAGCUGAUCGAUGAGGAGUACGAAGAUCUGAGACAACAGGGCCAUCGCUGGUCUUCUGUGGAGGCAAAGCUCGCCGCAUACAGGAAGGAGAUGGAGGAGCAAUCGCAGACAGAGCUGAAAGUGAAGGUGCAGCACUUCCAGGAGGUGGAGAUGGUUCGAGUGCGGAGGGAGGAGCAGGACAGGUGUCGGCAAGAGCUCCUGGAGAUCACACGUACCUUGGAGAGAACCUACGAGCAGAAGGCAGAAGCUCUGAUGAAUCGAGAGAAAAAUGCCAUCGAGCGCCUACAGAAACAGCAGGAGAUUGAGGAAAAGGAAAUCUACAAUCAACGCCAAGCUUUGCUAAAGGAGUUAGAGGCAGUGCGCAAUAGAGAGAAUGAACUGAGACAUCAAGUGGAGGCUUUUGAGAAGUCCUGUAAGGAUCAUGAGGAGAAGAUGCGCAGUUUGGAGGAGAUCCUGAGGAGGAGGGAGUCGACUGUGAAAACCAUGGAGGACACGUACGACCAAAAACUCGCCAACGAACUCAGAAAAUAUCAGCAGGAACUGAAGGACGACUACACGAGGAGGACAGAAAAGCUCACGGAUGACGAGAAAAGAAAUAAAGAGGAGAUGUUGCGGCUCCAGAAAGAAACUGCUGUCCUCGACUCAAAGUUGGAGGAAUUUACCCAAACAGCAUCACAACUCAAACGUGUGCAGGCGGAGCUGGAGUUGGCGCGGGCGGACGUGGCAAAGCUGAGACAGCAGAAUGCUGAGCUGCGGGAGAAACUGGAGGACCUGGGUGACCAUGCCGCCCUGCGCAAAGAGCGGAGAGAGCUGCACACCCAUGUGCAUCUACUGAAGGAGCAGCUGGAUGAGCACCAGCAGGAGGUGCAGAGACUCCGCCGAGAGCUGAGCGUCCCCUCUCAGGAGGUGCUGGCCCUGCAGACAGAGCUCCGGCGCCUGCACACGGCUCACCGCCUCCACCAGGAGGAGCUCCAGAGCCAGCAGCAGGUGUUCCACACUCAGCUCACACAGGAGGUGGAGCGCAGUGCUCAGAUGAAGUCCCAGCUGUUGGAGUGUGAGGAGAGGACCAGGUGGAUGACUGCCCACACUGAGGAGCUCAAACGGCAGCUCCGACACACCCAGCAAGCUCUGGAGAACGAGGUGUUUCGUAAACCCAGGCCUUCACCGGUAGACUGUUCCGUUCUCCAUCUGAGCUCCGAUAAAGUGGCACCCCCUGAUCUUUAUGUGGAGGGCAGUCUACUUAAGGCCCGGCUGGGUUACGAUGAGGGCAUGUUUGACCCAGGGCUGGCCAGCAGGGGGCAGCGGCCACUCUGGCCCCGCAGUGGCUCCCCUGAGCUGGGCACAGAGCGUGUGGCAGCGGCUCUGGCCCGCAUUAGGGAGCUGGAGAAGGAGGCGGAGUCUCUGGAGGAGGCGUACAGGACCUACCAGCAGAGGGCAGCGGCAGCAGCUGUGGCUCAUAUUCCGUCUGGAGCUCCCUCCCGCCUCUAUCCUGCAACGCACCACAUCAGACCAGCGGCCCCUUCUCCGCACGCAGUGACUCUGAACGAACCGGCCAUUCAGUCCUUCUACAUAGACAGAGAGCUGACCAAUCACAGGACUACACCAAGGGUGGGCUCUCCUCCGCCCAGACGCCUGUCGUCCACCCCUGUCUGUGCCUCCAAGUCCCGACCUAGAGCACAUGUUGACCAAGGUGCAGAAAGGCGUCCGGGGUCUUCAGGGGGAGACGGCGCAGCAGUGACGUUUGCGAGUCUGAGUUGUGGCAGUGUGGUGUCUCCUAUACCCACUGCCACUGCUGAGUCCUCUGGAGACCACACACACAUCACACCACCAAGCAGCCUACAGAUGAAGAGCACAGGCCAGGACCACUGCAGGUCCCCUGAAUUGCAGGAGGUCUCCACAUCAUCCCAAGAGUCUUCACCCCAGCCUGAGAAAAUCAGUAUACAGGAUCUCACAGAGCCCCUGCCAGACCUCCACUGCAGUUCUGAGCAGCUCCAGGAACCACAGUGGCUCGUGGACCUCGCUCACAGACCACACAGCCAGCGAGAGAGAGACAGCGCUCCAGACAGCCAGCGAGAGAGAGACGGCUCUCUCCACCUCACUUGCGGAGAAGACACUGCUGCCAGAACAAGGGAGGAAGAUGAGGAUAAUGAUGGAGAGAAGAGCUGUCGGGAAGAGAGGAGGAGGAAGGAGAGCGGAUGCAGAGAGAGAGAGGAGGCCCAGGAGUGUGGGAAGGGAGACCUUGAGAGGGUGGAGCAGGAGCUGCUUCAGCAGGAGGCUCUCCCAGAGAGUAGAGGGGAGGCGCAGUGUGAUGGAGGCCCCAUGAAGACAAACGGAGACACAGCAGGACCCGAUGUGUUGAAGGACUCCUCUCUUGGAGGAGGAGAGAACACAGGCCGGGAUCUCACAGACCCCCUGCACAAGUACAUGAUGAUGGUUUUACAGGGGAGAGAGAGAGAUAAAGAACAGAGUCCCAAGAAGGAAGAUUCCGAGAACCAGAGCCCUGAGCCCUGGCUGUCUGAAGACAAAGAUAACAGUAUUGUGUCCUACUCCCAAGAGGAGGCUGAUGAGUUUUGGUGAACUGUCAAAUGUCUGAUGUUUUUUAUAAUCUUUUUCUACAUUUUGUGUAUUAUUAAAUCAAUUUGUAUGAUUUUAUAUUUAAGAACUUCCAAGUUAUCAGGGUUCAUUUUCUGUAAUGAAUAUUGUGUGUGUGUGUGUGUGUGUGUGUGUGUGUGUGUGUGUGUGUGUGUGUGUGUGUGUGUGUG